GAGCGCAGCGCUGACUGCAGAGGAUGAGCUCAGCUGACCGCCUGUCUGUUAUUAGGUCCCCGGACCGGCGCCGCCAACACCCAAACACAGUGCGGCAAAACAGGCGAGAGGCGCUCAGCUCCCAGUCGUCUCUAAUGAGUGAGUGCGCGGGGAGAAAAACAUGAGUCACGAGUGAGGUCUGCGCCAUGUCUGUUAAGAAGGAAACACCCCUGGCUAAUGCUGUGUUUUGGGCAGCGAGGAAGGGGAACUUGGCUCUUCUUCAGCUGCUGCUCAACAGCGGCCGCGUGGACGCAGACUGCAGAGACAGUGUACGAACGCUGCAUGUCCUGGCUGCUCUGCUGCACGCUUUAACCAUAACCCAGGAAGACAGAGUAUGGAACGACAGCCUUGAUGGUGGCAUCAUACAGUGGCCAUUAUGAGUGUGUCAAAGAGCUCAUCAUGCAAGGAGCCGACAUCAACUACCAGAGAGAGACAGGUUCUACUGCCCUGUUCUUCGCCUCGCAGCAGGGACACAAUGACGUGGUGAAGCUCCUCUUUGAGUUCGGUGCCUCCACAGAAUUCCAGACAAAGGACGGUGGCACAGCUCUCACCGCCGCCUCUCAGUAUGGACACUCCAAGGUUGUGGACACCCUGCUGAAGAAUGGAGCCAAUGUUCAUGACCAGCUGCAUGAUGGUGCCACGCCUCUGUUCCUCGCUGCCCAGGAGGGUCAUGUGACAGUGAUCCGUCAGCUGCUUGCCUCCGGGGCCAAGGUUAACCAAGCUAGGGAGGAUGGCACUGCCCCCCUGUGGAUGGCGGCUCAGAUGGGUCACAAUGAGUUGGUGAAGGUGCUGCUCUUACGUGGUGCCGAUCGGGAUGCUGACAGACAAGAUGGAUCAACAGCGUUAUUCAAAGCAGCUUUAAAGGGACACAGCAGUGUCAUCGAGGAGCUCCUCAAGUUUUCUCCGUCACUUGGCCUUCUCAAGAACGGCUCCACUGCCCUCCAUGCAGCUGUCAUGGGCGGAGACCUGCGAACUGUUCUGCUGCUGCUCGGGGCCAACGCAGACCCCACGCUACCAAACAAGCAUAAAGAACUCCCUGCAGAUCUCACGAAGAGUGACCGCAUCCUCAAUGUUUUACAUCCAAAAGUCUUGAACGGAAACAGCUGAUAAUAACCCAGACUCCUGCCUUCACGCCUGGACCGCACCGAUGUGAGGGGGAAACAAAGCCACAGCUCGGUGUCAGACCUACUCAGCCACAACAUGUACUGUACAUGGUGAUUGCUGUCAUAUGUUGAAUAAACCUGGACUAAAUGUUGAGCAACGCAAUGUGCAACCAGAAUGCAUUCGUCUUCCACAUGCAACAUCAUCUUAACACUGGUGUUCUUCAGUAUAUAUGCAUUUAUUGUUCUUCCCCAGGUGUUGUAAGAUUUUUAUAUUUUGCCCACUAUUUAUUUUCCUUUUUAAAAAAUGUAAUAAAACCUACAUUUGUUUAAGUAA